AUGGCUCUUCAAAAAUCAUUGCUGCAGUAUGUCUGCAGUCUUCUGCUGCUUGUCAGCGCCGCCAGCGCUCUCAAGUUCGACCUGAUCGCACAAGCCGAGAGCCACAAAAAGGAGCGCUGUGUACGCAACUUUGUCGGAAAGGACACACUCGUGGUGGUGACAGCGACCGUCGAUGGUAACAAGGGAGAUGGCAUGGUGGUGAACCUAUACAUUCGCGAUGCCGUUGGCAAUGAGUACGGUCGCCCCAGGGAUGUUGUCGGAGAGUCAAGGACCGUCUUUACCUCUCACGCCGACGCUGCCUUUGAUGUCUGCUUCGAGAACAUUGUUACUGGCUCACACCGAGUCAACAACCCUACCCGCCACAUCGAGCUCGACAUUGACAUUGGCGCCGACGCCAAGGAUUGGUCUGCCAUCCAGGCGACUGAGAAGCUCAAGCCCGUCGAAGCCGAGCUCCGCCGUAUCGAGGAGAUCACCAGCGAGCUCGUGACCGAGAUGGAGUACCUCCGCUCCCGAGAACAGAAGCUCCGAGACACCAACGAGAGCACCAACAACCGUGUCAAGUGGUUUGGUAUCGCUACAACCUGGCUCCUUAUUGGUCUCUGGGGCUGGCAGAUCAUGUACCUCCGUGCCUACUUCCGAUCCAAGCAUCUUAUCUAA